AUGCCUGCCUCCCUCUUCUCAAAGCUCCACUCGAUGGUGACCUCGAACGUCCCAUCAUCCGGAUGCUCAACCAAAACCCUCACGCAGACCGUCGCCGCGAUACCGGGAAAGCUCUUUUCGACGCUUCGCUCGAUCAUACCCAUACCCAUACCCUCGUACCAUACGCCGCAGCCGCGGUAUGAGAUCAAAGGCCCACUGUGCGCAACAAUUCCGGGCGACCAUGAUGUCGCUGUGACCAUUGAACAAGGAAUUCGCAUCAAGUCGCUUAUGAAGGGCGCGGAGGCGAUGUAUGACCACAACAAAGAGAAAAUCCCCUUUGAUGUUGACUCCAUCACGAAAGACUUCCAUCGCUUUGAGGAAUGGGGGUUCAUGGUGGGUCUGCAUGAAGCGGCUAACACCACAACGGAUCAUGAAUACAAUACAUCCUACCGUCUCUCGAGACGCGGGAAGAAUUUACAGAGAGCCUUGGAAACAGGCGAGGAGCGGUACUUUAUCCAUCACCUGCAGCGCCUCGAGGAUAGGGUGAUCCGAAUGGUAACCGAGCUGGUCUCGCUGGAGAGUGGCGUGCCGUUUGAAAAGUUAAAAACGCACAUGGAGUUUUCUAUCAGAGAGGUUUCUAUUGCCAUUGAUAAGGUCGUGACGUGGCGAUUUGGUGAUGAUGAUGAUGACAAAGAUGAUGAAGAUGAGGAGUUCUUCGAUGUUGCGUCGGUCGCGACCGAGCUUGAGGAGGAAGUUCUUGUUACGGAGAUGGAUGCGUUCGAGCAGUGGGUGCCUGUUUAG